AUGGAUCAUGGAAAUCAAGAAAAGGGUCGCGGAGCAGGGCUUUCACGAUUCUUGAAACAAGAAAUUGUGUCACGACACGCUGACUUGCUGUUGUUUGCCUGCUGCUUGACUUCGGGUCUAGUGGACAGUACAAUCUAUAACGGAAACACCAUUUUUGUUGGCCUGGGUGCAUCGAACCAAAAUUCACGCCCAUACGGUUGGGCCCGAUCACUGACAUCCAUUGGAUGCUUCGUGAUGGGUGCCUUCUUCUUCGCGCGGCUGAACCAGUGGAUUGGAGCACAUAGACGAGGCUCCUUAAUGCUUUCAUUUUUCAUCCAGGCUAGCCUUCUGGUGAUCACCGCCACUUUGGUCUCAGUGGGUGUGGUUUCCAGUAACAUGGUGUCAAAUCAGGUACAAACUACAAUCCAAUGGGACUCAGAGAUACCGAUUGCUCUUCUCAGUUUCCAGUCAGCGGGUCAGAUCGUCGCGAGUCGAGCUCUGGGAUACAAUGAGAUUCCUACGGUUGUGAUAACGUCCCUUCUUUGUGACUUAAUGUCUGAUCCGAAGCUUUUUUUUCUGCGGAAUGAGAAACGGGAUCGACGUAUCGUGGCGUUUAUUUUGACCAUGGUUGGGGCCAUCGUUGGAGGCUGGGUUACUAAGGCGACUGCGCAGAUCUCACCCGUACUAUGGUUGGCAGCGGGAAUAAAAUUCUCUGUGGCAUUGUGCUGGGGCUUUUGGAAGACCAGGAACUAG